UAUUCAGACGUAAAACAAGUAUUUAUUUAAUAAAUAAAAAUUUUUGUCGCAAAGAGUCGGUCUUCAGCGCAAAGAGUCAAAGAGUACGUAUUGUUGAACAAAUAAGUCACACAUAUCUGCCACCAAUUCUCAAGAAUAUUGAGACCGAAUGGAAACCAUUUGUUGACAAAUACUGGAGAGAAGUGAUAUCAACGAGUUGUCAUCGAAAGACAAGUCGUUAUGUUUUAUCAAUGUUUCCCUAUUCAAGCGGAUCCUUACAUUUAGGUCAUGUCAGGAUCUACACGACAUCAGAUGUCAUAUAUCGUAUGAGUCAUCUUCAGGGAUAUUCAACAAUACAUCCGAUGGGUUUUGACUCAUUUGGUUUGCCGGCAGAGAAUGCGGCCAAAGAACACUCCAUUGAACCAAAUGUUUGGACCAAAACUAAUAUAAAUCAAAUGAGACAACAAUUAGAUGAAAUGGGGUUUCAAUUCAAUUGGCGCGAGAGUACCAGUGAUGAUACCUAUUAUAAGUGGACUCAAUGGCUAUUUCUUCAGUUAUACAAGUCUGGUCUCGCAUACAAAAGCAUGGGAUUUGUUAAUUGGGAUCCAAUUGAUAAAACAGUUUUAGCCGAUGAACAGGUCGAUAGUGAAGGAAAAAGCUGGAGAAGUGGUGCCAAAGUUGAGAAACGUUUCCAUAAACAAUGGUUUAUUAAAACUAAUUCUUUAGUAAAUGAGUUAUACAAAGGGUCUGAUAUUGAAAACAGUGGACAUUGGGGUCAAAUACUGGCCUAUCAAAGGAAUUGGAUGAAGAAACCAAAUGGAUAUUUGUUUUAUUUGAGAUUUUCUAAUAGUAAUGAUAUCAUACAAGUGUUUACUCGAUAUCCAGAACUGUUUACAAGUGAUAAAGCAUUUAUUGCUAUUUCACCAAAACAUUGGUUAGUCUUAAAUAAUAGUUAUAUGAAUGAUCUCAAAGUUUUAAACCCUUUUACCAAUAAACACAUGAAUGUCCAGAUUAUUGACAAUAUACAGCUACCUGAGUCAACUCAGGCGACAUUACUUGUUAUGAGAGAAACAUUUGAAAAUAAUGAGAUCAGAAAUAAUAUUUUAAAUAAAUCACAAGAAUUAGGAAUCGGUGGAUAUUUUACUUCAUCCACUUUUAGAGAUUGGCUUAUAUCAAGACAGAGAUAUUGGGGAACACCGAUACCUAUUGUUUAUUGUAAGUCAUGUGGAAUACAACCCAUCUCUGAAAGUGAAUUACCCGUACGUUUGCCAUCUUUGACAUCAUUUGAAAUGCAAUCUACAGAAUCUAGUGAUAUAUCAGAUCCUAUAAAAAAUAGUGCUCCAAAUGAUUGGUUAUACACUAAAUGUCCUAAUUGUGGUUCAAAUGAUGCUCUACGAGAAACAGAGACAUGUGACACAUUUUUUGACUCUUCGUGGUAUUUCUUGAGAUAUGCGUCGAAACCAUUGUUAGACAAACCAUUUGACUCUACAUCUGUUUUGCCAACAUUUUGUUACGUAGGCGGCAAAGAACACGCGGCACUUCAUCUCCUUUACUCCCGAUUUAUAACACAUUUUCUCCAUCAAAAGGGUUUGUGUCCCUUCAGAGAACCAUUUGAUCGAUUAUUAAUGCAGUCGAUAGUCAAAGGAAAGACUUAUAAAUUAAACGGCAAAUAUAUCGAUGUAAAUGAAGCUAAAAAUUAUAGUAAUGUUAUCAUUGAGUACGAAAAGAUGUCUAAAUCAAAAGGAAAUGGUGUCAAUCCAAAAGAUUUAGUAGAUAAAUAUGGAUCAGAUGCAACUCGAUGGACACUCAUAGCUGAUGGAACCACUGAUAAAGAAAGAUUUUGGGACACCGAAGAAAAAGAGUUUUCUCCGUCUAUUAUAUUUUUUCAUAGAGUUCUACUGACAAUCGAAGAGUUUCGUGAUAUAAAAUCUGGAAAAACUGUUAUAAAUAAUAAUAAAGUCAAAGAGUUAGACAACAAAUCAAUAGAGAAAGCGAAGAGAGAGUUACUUCAGACAAGAAAUGAAUCGAUUGAAAGAGUGAUAUAUAAUGUUGAAUAUAACUAUAACCUCAAGAGUUCAACAAUGGCUAUAUUUAUUCUGAUAAAAGCAAUGCGAAAGUAUUUUCGUACAAAUGUUGUCAAAACUAUUGAAUACGAAAGAUGUUUGGCAGCUCUUCUCAUAAUGAUAUCACCAUUUGUUCCACACUUUGCACAGGAAUGUUGGCAGGGAUUUACUUCUCAUGCGAACUGUUCUCAAGAAUAUGAUUUAACAAAAUCAGUGUUUGAACAGAAGUGGCCUGAAAUUGAUGACCAAUCGUUUCAACACAAAUUACUCUUUACAUACACCGAUAAAAAUGGUAGACAUGUAACGAGUGAUAGCAUUAAAGUUUCUCGAAGUCAACUCAACGAUUGGACAGAAGACGAUGUCAAACGUGCCAUUAAUGUCAAUGACGAGGACAUCGAAAAAAUUGAAAUUAUAAAAGAUGUUAUCAUUAUUGUUAGAUUAAAGAGAAAUACAAUGAAUCAGUCAAAGAAAUAUAACAUUUAA